AGUUAUGGUAGGAGAAACAAGGGAUAUGCGUGUUUGCAGCCUGAUAUUGAGCCACAUGGUCGCGGGUCGCUGAAAUAAAUCGUAUAUACUAUAAAAAAGACAUCAAUUUUCUUCAGUUCACAAUUUUUAAUCACAUACCCAGAGGCAUAAGUGACGUUGACGCGACAUAUGCGAAUAUGGCCACCACAGAGAAGGCAGAAGCUCUUGGUAACAGACCAGGCUCGAGCUCAUCCACAGCAACCGAGGAGCAUACAGACACCGUAAAUGGAAAAAAUAAUGAGAAACUACAUUCAUUUGGCGAGGAAAUGGAUCAGAAUGACGAACUUGAAAAGAGUGCUGGCGAAGUAACUGGAGAUCAAGAAGUGGAACCUGAAUAUCCAAACGCCUUAAAAACUGUCCUGAUCGUUAUCUCGCUUUUCAUCACAGUUUUCUUAGUGGCGUUAGAUCAGACAAUCAUCGGAACAGCCAUCCCCAAGAUCACCGACCAGUUUCAUUCCGUUCAGGAUGUUGGCUGGUACGGCAGUGCCUAUUUUUUGACUUCUACGGCCUUGCAGCCUACAUAUGGCCGCAUCUAUAAGAUUUUGAAUGUAAAAUGGGCUUUCCUCGCCGCCAUUUUUGUAUUCGAGCUCGGAUCCCUGAUAUGUGGUGUCGCUCCGGACAGCUCGACUCUCAUCGGUGGUAGGGCUAUUGCGGGAUGCGGUGUUGCCGGGAUUUUCUCCGGGGCGUUAGUUAUUCUCAGCUUUUCCAUCCCUCUACGGCAACGGCCUCUCGUGUUUGGUCUUUUUGGUGCAGUAUGGGGCGUGGCAUCCGUGGUAGGGCCCUUACUAGGAGGAGCAUUUACUGAUGGCGUUUCAUGGAGAUGGUGUUUCUACAUCAAUUUACCGAUCGGAGGCGUCGCCGCAGCCAUUGUCGUUUUGAUUCUUCACCUUCCUGAGAGAAAGAAUGACAGCAGCAAAACCUGGACACAAAAGCUCCUAGAACUCGAUCUCAUCGGUGCAGGGCUCAUAAUCCCCGCCAUUGUCUGUCUUCUUCUAGCACUUCAAUGGGGUGGUGGCAAAUAUGCCUGGAAUAACUCGCGUAUCAUUGGCCUUUUCGUUGGCUUCGGUUUGAUCACUAUUUUGUUCGCCGUCUCUCAAUGGAAACUAGGUGAUCGAGCGACGUUACCCCCUAGGAUCCUGAAAAAACGGACGGUGUGGUCAGUCUCACUCUUCGCAGUAUGCUUUGGAGGAGCCUUCUUCCUCUUCAUGUAUUAUCUGCCCAUUUACUUCCAAUCGGUCAAGAACCACUCAGCCACGAAAUCCGGAAUCGACUUGCUGCCGAUCCUACUUGCGACAGUGAUAUCGUCCAUCAUCUUCGGCGGUAUAAUUACUGCUGUAGGCUAUUAUACCCCGUUCCUCAUUCUCAGCACGGUACUUUUCUGUAUUGGAAGUGGACUCUUGACCACAUACAGUACUAGCAUGUCGACUGCGAAAUGGAUUGGGUAUCAAAUAUUGGCUGGAAGUGGUGUUGGCGCAGGAUUCCAAGUCCCCAUGACCGCGGUACAGACCAUUCUCUCCCAAGAGGAUAUCCCCAUCGGAUCUGCCGCUGUCAUGUUCUUCCAGAAUCUGGGUGGUGCUCUGUUUAUCUCUGUCGGUCAGUCCGUCUUUCAAAACGGACUCACUAGUUAUAUGCAGACCCACGUCGAGGAUAUUGAACCCGGUGUUAUCAUCAGCGCAGGAGCAACCGCACUCAGGGGUGUUCUUUCUGAGAUGGGCAAGUUGAAUAAGUUGCCAGCUGUUGUCGAAGCCUAUAUGGCCGGUCUGGUAAACGCUUACCGGGUCAGUUUGGCGUUGACAUGCGUUGCUUUCGUUGCCACUCUGUUUGUGGAGUGGAAGAGUGUGAAGGGAAAUAAAAAGGAGGGAGGAGAGCCAGCUAUUGCUGUUUGAUGGUCUUUCUUUCGAGAGUGUCUCGAUAUGGGACUGAUUGGUGCUGCACAUAUUGGUUGAUCAUCCGUAUUUGCCCGAAACUGUGCGAUGAAAACAAAAACAAAAAAUGUAUAUUAGUAAUUGGAUUAUCCGACUAACCUCUUCUCCUGUACUUACUAUAUGAUACCACUUGUACCUAAUCUUGAUAUAGAGCAUGAGUCGCUUCUCCAAUAUCCAUUCUUGCUCAAUAUGCUC